CCCACUGCCUGGCGAAGGAGCUUUUGGCUUAGAGAUAACCAUUCUCCUCACUAUUCGUACUUUCCCAUCUUACUGUCAGUAGUAGCCUCUCUUUUCUAUCUCUCCAUCUCUUUCCAGCUUCCCUCUCACCCCGCCCCCUCUUCCCCGGGUUUAGAUGGGCUCUAUUGUCACGCUCAUUUUGUGGUCCCACCCCUUCUCAUCCUACAACUGUUGCACUCACUACUCUCCUUCACACUCAAUUUUUCUAUCUACACAAGGCCACAAGUUCGGAGCAUUCAGAUGACCGUUUUGGCUCACUCCUCCCUCCGUACUCGGCCCUGCCCCCGGAGGCCUGCCUUCAGCCCCGCCUCUGUCCCGCAAGGCCCCACCCCAAAGACCCGCCCCAACGCACAGCUCCGCCCACAGGCCAGAGUGGCUCCGCCCUCACCCCGCCCCGCCCCGGCUCGGGCGGCCGGAGGACCCGGAGUGGAGGCUCCCGAGCCCUUGGCGGCGGCGACGAUGUGGUUCUUUGCCCGGGACCCGGUCCGGGACUUCCCGUUCGAGCUGAACCCUGAGCCCCCCGAAGGCGGACCGCCCGGGCCCUGGGUCCUGCACCGAGGCCGCAAAAAGGCCACAGGCAGUGCGGUGUCCAUCUUCGUGUACGAUGUGAAACCCGGAGCCGAAGAGCAGACCCAGGUGGCCAAAGCUGCCUUCAAACGCCUCAAAACUCUCCGACACCCCAACAUCCUGGCCUAUAUCGAUGGGUUGGAGACAGAAAAGUGCCUCCACAUCGUGACAGAGGCUGUGACCCCACUGGGAACAUACCUCAAGGCACGAGCAGAAGCAGGUGGUCUGAAGGAGCAGGAGCUGUCAUGGGGGUUACACCAGAUCGUGAAAGCCCUCAGCUUCCUGGUCAACGACUGCAACCUCAUCCACAACAAUGUCUGCAUGGCUGCUGUGUUUGUGGACAAGGCUGGCGAGUGGAAACUUGGGGGUCUGGACUACAUGUACUCAGCACAGGGCAACGGUGGGGGACCACCCAACAAGGGGAUCCCUGAGCUUGAGCAGUAUGAUCCUCCGGAGUUGGCUGAUAGCAGCAGCAGAGCAGUCAAAGAGAAGUGGUCAGCAGACAUGUGGCGCUUGGGCUGCCUCAUCUGGGAAGUUUUCAAUGGGUCUCUACCUCGGGCAACUGCCCUGCGCAACCCUGGGAAGAUCCCCAAAUCCCUGGUCACCCAUUACUGCGAGCUGGUGGGAGCUAACCCCAAAGUACGUCCCAACCCGGCCCGCUUCCUGCAGAACUGCCGGGCACCUGGUGGCUUCAUGAGCAACCGCUUUGUGGAGACCAACCUGUUCCUGGAGGAGAUUCAGAUCAAAGAGCCAGCUGAGAAGCAGAAGUUCUUCCAAGAGCUGAGCAAGAGUCUAGACUCGUUUCCUGAAGAUUUCUGUCGACACAAGGUGCUGCCCCAGCUGCUGACUGCCUUUGAGUUUGGCAAUGCUGGGGCCGUGGUCCUCACACCUCUCUUCAAGGUGGGGAAAUUCCUCAGUGCUGAAGAAUACCAGCAGAAGAUCAUCCCCGUGGUGGUUAAGAUGUUCUCAUCCACUGACCGUGCCAUGCGCGUCCGCCUCCUCCAGCAGAUGGAGCAGUUCAUCCAAUACCUUGAUGAGCCGACAGUCAACACCCAGAUCUUCCCCCACGUCACUCAUGGCUUUCUGGACACCAACCCUGCCAUCCGGGAGCAGACUGUCAAGUCCAUGCUGCUCUUGGCCCCAAAGCUGAGUGAGACCAACCUCAAUGUGGAGCUGCUGAAGCACUUCGCAAGGCUGCAAGCCAAGGACGACCAGGGUCCCAUCCGCUGCAACACCACGGUCUGCUUGGGCAAAAUCGGCUCCUACCUCAGUGCUAGUACUAGACACAGGGUCCUCACCUCUGCCUUCAGCCGGGCCACUAAGGACCCAUUUGCACCAUCCCGGGUUGCGGGUGUCCUGGGCUUCGCUGCUACACACAAUCUCUACUCAAUGGAUGACUGUGCCCAUAAGAUCCUGCCUGUGCUCUGCGGCCUUACUGUAGACCCUGAAAAAUCUGUGCGGGACCAGGCCUUUAAGACCAUUCGAAGCUUCCUGUCCAAAUUAGAGUCUGUGUCGGAGGAUCCUACCCAGUUGGCAGAAAUAGAGAAGGACGUCCAUGCAGCAUCCAGCCCUGGAACAGGAGGAGCUGCAGCCAGCUGGGCAGGCUGGGCUGUGACCGGGGUGUCAUCUCUCACCUCCAAGCUGAUCCGAACACACCCCACACCUGUGCCGUCUGAGGCCGCUGUGCCCCAGAGACCAGUGCCAGAGGGAGACCCUGCUCCAGCUCCAGCCCCUGCCUCUGCCACCCCUGCGACCUCAGGCCACCGGGAAACACAGGAAGAAGACAAGGACGCUGCAGAAGACAGCGCCACUGCCGACAGAUGGGAUGAUGAGGACUGGGGCAGCUUGGAGGAAGCCGAGUCUGUGUUGGCGCAGCAGGAUGACUGGAGCACCAAGGGCCAAGGGAAUCGAGCUGGACAGGUCAGCCAUUCAGACCACAAAUCUCUGGACUCACACUGGAGCAGCUGGGAAGUUGAGGGCUCCUGGGACCAGGGCUGGCAGGAACCCAGUUCUGUGGAGCCACCCCCAGAAGGAACCCGGCUAGCCAGCGAGUAUAACUGGGGUGGUGCAGAGCCCAGUGACAAGGGUGACCCCUUUGCUGCCCUGUCUGUUCGUCCCAGCACCCAGCCCAGGCCAGACCCAGACUCCUGGGGUGAGGACAACUGGGAAGGCUUGGAGGCUGAAAGCAGGCAGGUGAAGGCAGAGCUAGCCCGAAAAAAGCGAGAGGAAAGGAGAAGAGAAAUGGAAGCCAAGCGGGCGGAGAAAAAGGCCACCAAGGGGCCCAUGAAGCUGGGAGCCCGGAAGCUGGACUGACAACCCUACCCCCAGACCCCUGGGCAUUUCCAACCACUGGAAAGCAGGCCCGGAGGAUGUAUUUAUUGUACAAACCAUGUCAGCCUGGUCAGCAGGUCAGGCACAUCUAGUGUACAUAAUCAGAGCCACAAUAAAUUCUAUUUCACA